AUGAAAGAAAAAACGAGAAAAAAGUUUCAGCACGUGCUCCUCGUGCUAGGAGUUGCAGCCUCCAGCGCCCUGGGGUGCCAGUUUGACAUCCAGAAGUCGCAGUUCUACUGGAAGAACGAAGUGAACAUUUGCACGGACGACCUUUGCAAGACAUACGACUAUCUUAAAUGCGGCGUGUCAAAAGAUUAUAUCCUCGACCAAGCUAUUGCGCACACCCCGGAGGACGUUCUGUAUGAAAUUGAAGUAAUGAAGAACUACUUUAACACCUUUAUUCCAACGCCAAAUAACUCGUUACCGUUCACGUGUGAUGGCGUCUGCUCCAAGAACACGCGUUCCAUCCAGCUGCAGCGAAUAUUCACCAAGGUAAACGUCAAGGACCCUAACAGCGGCGCCUUCCAUCCGGAAAACCAAAUGUGCAUCGUCAUCGGCCCGGAUAUAUACUACCAGCAGUGCGGGGGCCACUGUAACGUUCCAGACUACACAGACCGAUACUGCGUCCCGGAUCUCUCAGUCAAGGUGAAGCUGUGGGUUUACUGUCCGGAUGUGACGCCCAGUUGCCACAAAGUAGACUUUGAUAUUCCGCUCUCGUGCACAUGCAAGAAAAUCACGUGCCAGAAGGGCAUGCCUUUGUUCCCCGUUGACCUUCCGCACAGGCUGCUGCCACCGGCGCCGCCAAAUUGGAUUGCGGGAAAAGGUGUCGACGUCAUGAAUCCAGGAAAACCAACUGAAGUCAUGAAUCCAGGCAUACCGAUUGACGUCAUGAAUCACGGGAUACCGAUUGACUUCAUGAAUCCAGGAAUUCCAAUGGGAUUAAGCGUGUGGAAAAAAUAAACGUUGAUGAACUUUUAUGUGUUUUAUUGCGUUAUGCAUUAUUGUAUAUAUCCACUUGUUUGAUUUAAUCCUUCUCUCAAACGAUAAUGACUGAAGAUAACAUGUCGAGUAACCUGAUAAUGCCAAAUGGUAGAAUGGCAAGUCUAGAUCUUGUUUCACAUUGGCCUCGCUUUGUUUUUUUGUUAAGGGGUGUUGCGGCAGUUUAUUUAACCGAGGAUAUAUUUAACACCGAUGAUGCUAAUAUCACAACUCAGUAGUUUUGUUAUAAGUAUCAUUAGAAAUGACCGAGUUGGUUCACAAUACAAUUGUCAGUGGUUCGAUCCCAGGUGGGGUUAACUUUUUUAAAACUUUUUUUCUUUAAUUUCGGUCUUGUUUUAUACUGGAACCCUUAAGUCCUGUUAGUUACAUUUAUCAAUUUAAAGCAUUUGAUAACAAAUUUCAAAACAUGCCGAAAUCUGUGAACACGUACUUUUAAGUUAUUAAUGAUUAAGGUCGAGUUUGAUAUUGUAUGGUAUUAUGUUUAUGAUUAAAUAUAGUUUUUUUAUUAAUGUCUUUUGGUAGGCAGUUGUGAUCCCAGUUAAGAUUGUAAACAAUUUAUAAUGGUUAUGUAUAUUUUUGACAAUCUAUGAACCGGUACUUUGGUUUUGCCUUAUUGCUGUAUUUAAUGAAAUUUGACGUAGACGGUAGAGAUAGUUAAAACAAAACAUCUCUGUUUAAAGUGUGGCGACCCCCUUUUUUAUUUGUGUUUUAUAAUGACAAUACGUAGAUGAACAUAUUUGAGCAGUUUCGCAGAAUUCAAUUUGACAGAUUUUUUUAAAUUAUAUAAAUGUAGUUACGUUAGUAAAAAAAUGAUGUUUUUUGGGAUGACAUAAAAAUUAUAAAAAAUAAAUUUCUUAAAAAUUUAA